AUGUAUAUAGACAGUAUUCAAGAGUCAGACUCAAGGGUUUCUGAAAAUGUAUAAUGCAUAGGUCCAUAUUUGCACUAAUAAUCAACAAGGCAAUAUUAAAAAAGAUAAAUUUCUCUUACAUCCAUGCCUUCUGAUCCAUUCGAGGAUUUCAGUUAGAAAUAUAAUGAUUAAGGUAUCAUAGAUUAGCGUAAACUGAAACUUAUAAAACAAAAAGAAAGUUUGAGAAGAUUUUAAACAAAAAAUAAUAAUUCUCCGCUUGUGUAAACCCAAGUUUUAAACAAAAAUAAGGGAAACAUUCAUUAAUAGGUUUCCCAAUCCUUAUAUGCAGCUAAGACACAAAUGAAGAAAAUGUUGGGUUUGCUAGUUAAAAAUAGAUACAUUAAGAAGUUUUAAUAAAAUUUAUUCUUAAAAUCAUAUGUGCUUCCUACUAGUAGAAAAAAUUUGAUAUCGUCAGAGGGCUAUUUAUAAGAAAAUUAAUUUUAAAACGAAUUAGAUCAAAAUAGUUAAAAAAUUAGCGGAUACUUAUUCUAACCAGGUUCAAAUUUUAUGAUAGUUUUUGAUACCUACUUAUUCAUUAUCUAUUUAUUUAGUUUAUGGCUUACCCCAUUUUUGACUAGUUUUAUGCCUGAUAAUGAUGAAAUAGCUCACAUUUCUAUAUUUAUCAUAUUAGGCCUGGCUUUAGAAAUUAUUAUUUCAUUUAACAGAGCUAUUAUAAUAUAGGGGGAAAUAAUUGAAGAUCGUAAGAUAAUAGUAAAACACUAUGUGACCCAAUAAUUAAUUUAUGAUAUUUUAAUGAUAAGCAUAUGGAUAAUUUAUUUCCUUUAAUCUAAUAGAAUCUCUAUUGUUAACGAAGUAUUAUGUAUCAUGUCUUGUUUAAUUACUAUAAAAAAAUUGACUAAAAAUUACUUUGGCUAUAUUGAAUAUCUUUAUUUAAAAGGGGGGGUGAAUAGUUUAAUUGAUCUUGUAACUCUAAUCAUUUUGAUUUGCUUCUAUGCUCACUUUAUGGCAAGCAUUUGGCAUUAUAUAGGGUCCUUUGAUGAUCUUUUUGAAAAUACAUGGCUAAUUAAAUAUAAUAUAAUCAAUGAAUCAGCAUGGCAAAGAUAUAAUUAUUCAUUUUAUUGGGCAACUGUCACUAUGGUUACUAUUGGUUAUGGUGAUAUCACACCUUAAAAUCAUAUCGAAAUUAUUUUUACUAGCAUAAUGAUCUUAAUAUCAAGCUGUGUAUAUGCUUAUUUAAUGAAUUCCAUAGGAAUACUUGUUAAACAUAUAAAUGAUACUAAAUUUAAGUACAGAAAGUAGAUAGCAAUAGUAAGUUCUUACAUGAAGAAAAACAAUGUUAACCCAUUAUUAUAGGCUAGAGUGAAAAAUUUCUUAUAACUUAACAUUCAGAAUGAUAAAAAUGAAAAUACUGAGGAGUUAGAAUGCUUAUUCUAAACCUUCCCUCAGAGUCUAAAAACAGACAUGUUGAACAACAUUUAGAACAAUUUGAUCAAUAAAAUUGUGUUUUUAAAGUAGAAUUUUAGUAAAAAAUGUUUAAAGUUACUUUCUAAAAAGUUAAAGAAAUUUGAAGUUGUUCCCGAUGAUUGCAUUUUUAAACAAUAUGAUUAAAACGACAAAAAUUUAUAUUUCAUAAUUGAAGGUUAAGUAGAAUUAUAAGAGGAAAGAACUAAAAAGUCUUUGUAAAUAUUAAAGAAAGGGGAUUGUUUUGGUGAAUAUUAAUUUUUUACUGGAUUUCCCCCCAAAGUGACUGCCAUCUCAUAAGGAUAUUCAGAAAUUUGUAAAAUAAGUAGAGAUAACUUGUUAGAAUAAUUAUCUAAUUUUCAUAAAGAUGCUGAAAGAUUUCAUCAUAUAAAAGAUUCAAUCUUAUUCGAGAAUAACUUUUUUAAAAUCUUUUUAAAAUGUCAUUUGUGUGGAUAAUAUAAUCAUUAGAUUGUUGAUUGUGGUGUGUUAUAAUAUAAACCAGAUUUAGAAUAAAGAUUUAAGAAAUAAUUUUACCAUUCGAAAUAAGAUAGGUAACAAUGGAACAGAAAAUAAACGAAAUACAAUUCUUUAGUAGCAUAAUCUAUCAUUUCUGAAUCUAUCUAAAAAUAUUAAUAAACAAUUGAUGGAUAAUCUAUUGAUGAACAAAAUGGUUAAAAUGAGAAAACUGAUUCUGAAUAAGCUUAAACAUUAACAAAAAUGAUUGCUUAAGAAACCUAAGACAUUAUGGCUUAAAAAUCUUAAAAUAAAAGUUUAAACUCCCCAUAAUAAUUCUAGGAUUUGAAAGAAUAAUCUGGCAUUUUUUUAAAAUAAUUGAAAACUAUGAAACCAAAUACUACUUUAAAUAUAGAAAGAACCUCAUUUAUGGAAUUACAAAAGACAUAUAUAUUCAAACAAAGAUCUGAAGAAUUUUAUUUUGAAACAUUUAGCGUACCUUUGAUAUUCCAUCAAAAUAAUAUUGAUCAAAUGCAAAAUUAUCGUUAUUAUUUUCCUGGGCAUAAUUCAGCAGAUGUCAUUAAAGCCUACAAUAAUAUUUAGAAUAAUAAAAAGAAAGGAUUAGAAGCUUUAAAUGAACUGAAGAAAUCAUACAAAAAAUACACAUUUAAUUAAUCAUUAAUCAAUACUUUGAUUAAAACCAAAAAAAUAUGA